UAGGAUGGAGGACGGGAGGUUUUGUAGGGUGGCUAUUUUUGGCGACGGCCGGUGGAUAACAGUGGGUAUUGGAAGUGAGCAGAUCAAGACCCCAGUCGGCCACAGCUUGCCGACCCAACACAUCCAGCCACUCGCCGAGCCGUCCUAGACACAAUGGCCGAUAAGGAGAAGAAGAAGAAGAAGAAGAAGGAAGAAGCGCCCGCCCCAGCGCCAGAGCCAGAGCCAGCUCCUCCUCCAGAGCCCGAGCCAGCUCCAUCCAAGGCUUCCACCAAGGCCAGCUCCCGAGGCUCCAAGAAGUCUGCCAAGCGUUCCGGCUCAAAUGUCUUCUCCAUGUUCUCACAAGGACAGAUUGCUGAGUUCAAGGAAGGCUUCGCCUUCAUGGACGCCGACAAGGACGGCAUCAUCGGCAAGAGUGACCUGAGGUCCACCUUCAACCAGAUCGGCAAGCUGGUCUCAGAGAAGGAACUGGACGAGAUGGUCAAUGAGGCCCCCGGCCCCAUCAACUUCACCCAGCUCCUGACCCUCUUCGCCAACCGUAUGUCUGGCCAGGCUGAUGAGGACGAUGUCGUCAUUGCCGCCUUCAAGACAUUCGACAACGAGGGAGUCAUCGACGGCGAGAAGUUGAGACAUGCCUUGAUGACCUGGGGCGAGAAGUUCUCCGCCAAGGAAUGCGAUGACGCCUAUGAGAACUUCGUCAUCGACGAUAAGGGCAUGAUCGACACCGAGGCCCUGAUUGAGCUGCUCUGCGGCGCCUCCAAGGAUGAAGAGGAGGAAGCUUAAACAUCUGACAACAAACAAAUUAAAAACAAACAACAAACAACUCCAACAAGAGGCAAGCGAGUGGACACCGACACCAGUCCUACAAACAACGUUUCAUUAUUUAUUCGCAAUUUAUGUGGUGAGAUGUCUUCAUAUGUGUACCUACCGCUACCGGAAUUAAUAUGCGUGAAAAUGUCAAGCAAGAUUUAGCUUUAAGGUUAUUUUAUUUUAUGAAAUGUUCUUACUAUAAGCAAUAAAGAAACAAACUCCUUAAUAAA